UUAGGCUUUUAGAGUGGAACAGUUCCUCUAUCCAGGAUGGGGUGGGAUUGACCCCGGACAGGAACAUCCAUGGAUGAUUAGCCCCUCACAGGGGGCUCUUGUCAAGCAGAGCUGUUGUCAUCGGGGUCACCCAGGGCCCCUCACGGGCAUGAGGAGUUCCUUUGACAGCUGUGUCUGGCAUGCUGCCAAGAACUUAAGCCAGAAAGCCCCUGCCCGAUGGCAGCAGUAGUUCUAGGGGGAGACACCAUGGGUCCUGAACGUAUCUUCCCCAAUCAGACUGAGGAACUCGGGCCACACCAGGGCCCUACAGAAGGCACUGGGGAUUGGAGCAGUGAGGAACCAGAGGAAGAGCAAGAGGAAACGGGGGCAGGACCAGCUGGCUAUUCCUACCAGCCCCUGAACCAAGAUCCUGAACAAGAGGAGGUGGAGCUGGCACCAGUGGGGGAUGGAGAAGAUGUAGUUGCUGAUAUCCAGGAUCGGAUCCAGGCCCUGGGGCUUCAUUUGCCAGACCCACCAUUAGAAAGCGAGGAUGAAGAUGAGGAGGGAGCUACAGCAUCGAGCAACCACAGCUCUAUUCCCAUGGACCCAGAACACGUGGAGCUGGUGAAAAGGACGAUGGCUGGUGUAAGCCUGCCUGCGCCAGGGGUUCCUGCCUGGGCUCGGGAGAUAUCAGAUGCCCAGUGGGAAGAUGUGGUACAGAAGGCCCUCCAAGCCCGGCAGGCUGCCCCUUCCUGGAAGUGAUCACCCUGAGAGGUGCCUUAUCUCCCUGCAUUCCAGGCCAGAACCAGCACAGGACUGAACACAUCCUGGUUGUAAUGGCCAUCUCCAUCCUCCCCGUCUCCCUUCCACGUCAAGGCAAAUCAGACUUCUUCUCAGAGACCCACUUUAUUCAGUUCUGUACAUAUGGGGACAACGGUCCAAGCCCAACCCACCUUAGCAUGUAUCACUCUGUGGAGAAUAAAGCACCCUAUGUACACAGCCAAAAGCUGCA